AUGGAGAUCCUCGUUCAUGUCUCCGCCCCCAGUUCCGCCCGCGACGACGCCCGAUAUCGUGCUCAAGUCGCCGCUAUUCGCGCCUUCGAGCCUAUCUCGCGCCAGCCGCUGAUCGCAGAUGCUGGAGUAACACUAGAAGCCCUGCCACCUGCGGAUGGCCCGGGAUAUGCAGAGAAUGCAGAGCCCGCAGCCUCCUCUUUCCUACUGCAGGCGCCCGAGCUCAUUUCCGCGCCAUCUUCGGUCCCCCGCCAGGCUGUGGACGAUGCAAAUGCAAGUGCGGCAAUAGCUGGCCAGCCAAAUGGAGUGGGCCAGACUAGCAGUGAUAGUCGCUGUGAUCGGGAUUUGAUGCACCAACGGAAAAAGAAGCCGUUGGGCAAUCCGCAGUCCCCUCCAGCGCAUGACCGUCCACUAUCCGAUCCGCCUGUCACGGCUACUCCCAUUGCGAAUUCAAAUCCAAGUCCAUGCCCACGGCGUGAUCGCCAGUCGAUCUUACCCGGUCCUGAUCCUGAGGCAAAUCAAAUCAGGCCCAGUCAUCUGGUCUCAGCACUGGCGCCUGGGAAUCCGAUUAGUGAGGCUGAGCAUCAAAGUGGUCUCGAGGCUCAGCCUCGGUCUCGACUCGCGCCGGACUCACUAGAGAGUAUAAUCAGCGUGAUCCCAGACUCUCAGCCAGAACUAGCUGUAUACGCUGAACGACCAUGCCCCCCAGUACCGCAGGAUUCACCACCGCUGCACGAGGAAGAUCAACCAGAUCACCCACCUAAACGGCGGCGGGUCGGACCCUACCCGCCGUCCCCAGCGGGCCAGACUAUCACCAAGGCCGCAGAAAUAGAAAGUACCAUCACUUCAUGUUCAACACAUCACGAAAAAGAAAAAGCACUUCCAGGGCACGCAGACAAAAGUUCACGUCCUCCCUUGACCCAUCUGCACUCACAUUCGCAUACUCGUCCUUCCCCUUCCCCUUUCCCUUCGCAUGUCCCGAAUCCUGCUUCUGCUUCCGCUUCUGCAGAUGCUGCUGUCUGGGUAACGGAGACCGAGCAGCAGCAGCAUCAGAAGCAGCCUCCUAUUCGAAAUGACCUCUCCUUUCACCAUCAAAACACCCCCUUCUCCAAAUCCCUCCCCCUCUCCCUCAGACCCCCUCCACCCCCAAUAUCCACCUCUACAUUCAAAACACACAUCACACCAACCCUAGCCAUGCUCACCGAGCGCCUCAAACCCGCCCGCACGUACAAGCCAAUUCAUCAAUCCCGGGAACUGGAUACGCUUGAACGCGGGUACUGGGCUAUGCGUGUGAAUAUCGCUCCGACAGAGUCAACGCCAGCACAGGAAGAAACAGAACGAGGGACCUCUGAAGGGGAUUCUGGCGCUGAUCUAUCACCAACCCCCCAAACAUGGACGGAACCACAAUUCACCCACUUCUGGACAUUCCUGUCAAACUUCAUCGCAAAAGACGCCCGCGCAGGGUGGGGCGUAUGGUGUAUUGCCGAACACGUAGAUCCAGAACCGGGAACCAAUUCACCCAAUGCUACCGCUAACAAAACCACAACUACUACAGCAGCAGCAGCAGCAGCAGACAACACGCCCAUAGCGGCCCUGAUAAAAGUCUAUGCAUGGGGCGAAGUCUCUAUGCACAUUUAUCUCAUGCUAUAUCUUGCUAGUGAGCGGCGUGUCCGGGGAAUGGGCUUGAAGUGGGUGGAUUCUUGGGAGGAGGUUGUUAUUCAGAUGCCCUGA